UCAAUCGCUAUAUCGUAGCUUUGAUCAGUAUGAUGUUUUGAGAAUUUUUAAGAGAUGAUCGUUCACGCGCCCUGGUAGGGCUGAGCCUAGACUUUUGCGCUGAAAAAGGGACGCGAAGGGCCCGUGCCAGGGCUGCAAGCCCUUGCGUCAGCUAUGUCGGUCUACUGUCCAUCAAGAGAGAGAUCCUACCACGACUCGACACCUUCGUCACCUCUUUCGCCUCUUCUACCGAGCAACAUCCCACAAUGGCUCCGACCAAGCCGCACGCGUGGCGUCAUUUUAUCGAAGAGCAGGCUCAAAUUCCUGAUGGUCGGUGUGGGAUGUGUAAUGAUGGGGUGGAUGGUGACAUCGAGCCUGGACUCAUCGAACAAUGACAACUUCGCAGACAUUGAUCACACAUACCAUCCUUCUCCUGGAAAUGUCUUGAAUGACCCAAGCGGGUUCGGCACUGGUCUGAAUAAGCCCGAGUUGCCUGCAGGAGUCAUUGGUGAUAGUCUGCCAGAAGACCAGCCUGAAGACCUUAGCUUUGAUCUGGAGAAGUCGCCUACCAUUAGUGGUGCAUUGGCGGAAUUGCACAGCGCGGUCAAGGAUAAACUGCACUCCUUGAACCCAUACCACAGGCCGCAACUUGCUCAGGCGAUUGGAAAAGCAGCAAAUGCGACAGCUACGCAGCAGACUCAGCCGACCAACACUGCAGCGAUAUUACCAGGAGAGCAUGUCCUCGAUGGCUUGUCAGAAGAAGAGCGCUUGGGCGCGAGAACUCGCAUUGGAAAAUGCACAAUCCUAUUCUACGGCAACAGUGCCUGGGAGCGUGCGAUCCGAACUCACGAACGCCAUGACCGAGAGCACGGCUACCGACUACACAUCUUGCGUCAGCAACUCCUAGACGACGUCUGGUCAAAACCUGCCUACAUCCUCAGCCUCCUCCUCCGCGAACUCGCAAAACCCGAAAGCGAACGCUUAGAAUGGCUCCUCUGGGUCGACGCAGAUACAGUCCUCCUCAACCCCCACAUCCCAAUCGACGUCUUCCUCCCACCUCCAGACUCCGAAUUCGAAGACAUCCAUCUCGUCUACUCCAACGACUGGAAUGGUUUAAACAACGGCGUCUUCCCCGUGCGAGUCAAUCAAUGGGCCGUAAACCUUUUCUCAGCAAUCGUGUCUUACAGACACUACAGACCAACCGACGAGCUCGUUUUCCGCGAUCAAUCCGCAAUGGACAAUCUCCUCCAUCAUCCGACAUUCUCUCCGCAUAUCGUGCAAGCGCCUCAACGUUGGUUUAAUGCAUAUCAAGGCGAACAUAACGAGACUCUUGCACCUUUCCAGCUCCGAAGAGGUGAUUUCCUCGUUCACUUCGCUGGAAUUCCGAAUCGAGAAGAACGCAUGAUCCACUGGCUGAAUCGCGCGGAACAACAUCUCGACGACUGGGAAGUCCCAUUAAAAUCCACUUCAUAUCCUCAAGAAGCGCGAGAUUUCUGGGCAGAGCAGAGUUCUCUACGAAAGGCGAAGAAGGAGGAAGCAGCGAGUAAGAGAUUGAAAGUUCAGGAAUUGAUUGUCAAAGUUGAGCAAAGGUUGGAAGAUUAUGGGGAAAGAUUGGGACCGGAUCAUCGAGAGGCGAUUGAGAAGCAGAAAGAGGACUUGAAGAAUUUGGUCAAUGAUGGUGAGAGGUCGAAUGAUUUAGACGCUAUCACGGAGUUGGCGAGUAAGCUUGAAGAGGCUACGCAGCCGCUUGUUUCUGCUAUUGCGGAUGCGCAGAAGGUUAUGUUGAAUUCUGCGCAUGAGGCGAUUUUUGGGGGUGAGAAGGAUUUACUUGAGGGAGGAUUCGGGAAAGGGGGUGGGGAAGAUCAAGAUUUGCAGUCAAUAUCGAGUAAGGUGAAGAUUUUGAAGGAUUUGGUGAUGGUUCCUCAAGAGCAGUGGAAUCGGCAUGAUAUUUUGGUGGCAUCGGAUGCUUUGACUGAGGCGAGAGCGAAGUGGAAGUCGAAAGUGGAUGCUGCUGAAGCGGAGAGACAGCGUGCUGAGGAGGAGCGGAGGAAGAAGGCGAAGGAGUUUAUUGAGCUUCAGGCGCAGUUGCAGGCGGAGGCGGAUAGCAAUAAGGCGUCCGUUGCUGGUACAGAGAAGAGUGAGCCAGUCUCUGCUGCGCCAGAUACGACUGGCUCACCUUGAGCUUGGACGAUUCAAACAAUCUAUGCUCUUCAUAGCACGGCAUGAAGCCCAGCCCUCAACGUUACUCGCAGUGCUAGUCUCAAUCACCAAUAUGGCGA